AUAUAUAUAUAUAUAUAUGCAUAUGAUGGAAUGAUUGGAUAUCAUAAAUUGUAUUGAACCAAUGAAUAGAAUUCUUGAAUGGGUUACAUAUUUAGUUAAAAAGUGAAAUACACUAAUGGUGAAGAAAAAUCAACACAACUAUAAAUUGUUAUGUAAGAAGAAAAAAAAAGAGAAAAAAAAGAGAUCUAUUUUUAUUUUCUUCCAAUUGGAUAGACAAAUAAAUAAAUAAACAAGUCAAUAAACAUUUAAAAUUGAAUAUUAAAUAAUGAAAAUUGAAUUUUAUUGUCGUUAAUGAACUUUAUGAAUGAAUAAUUAAAACAUGCCUGGAACAGAAUUCAGAUUGAAAUCACCAAGUGAAAUGCAUUAUGAUCAAUAUCAUCAACUGUUAAAUGUUGAAAGAGAAUUGCCAGAAAAUUCAAAUUCACAAGAAUUAUCGCCAUUCAGUGACAAAACAGAUAUUGUGCCAAAUAAUGGUAACAACAAUAAUAGUAAACGUUUUCUUCAAAAGAAUUGGUUAAAGAUAAUCUUACUAUUAUUGAUUGUUAUUUGUAUUAUAUUUCCAGCAAUAUAUUUUCUAUGUUAUAAUUUAAUUCAUUGCAAUACAAAUCAUCUAAUAAAUAAAAAUACUACUUAUAUACAAAAUAAUAUAAUCUCAUCAAAAUCAAAUCAUUGCUCAAAUUCAUCUCAUUCAACUUUAUACUCAUCAUAUACAAUCAAUUCAUUGUUCAAUAAUUAUACAAAUACAAAUGAUUCACAUAUGAAUAUAUUCAUUAAAACAAUAAAUCAAAUUGAAAGUCAUACAUUAAAACAAAAUUAUGGUAAUAAUAAUAAUAUAAAUUUAGAUUUUGGUCUAUUUGAUGAACCAAAUGAAGAAGAAUAUGAAAAUGUUGUCAAUUUUUUAAAAUUAAAAUUUAAUUUGUUUUAUGCAUUUAAUAAAUAUACUACUGAUAAUCAGUUAUUCAAUAAUAAAACAUGGUUUGAACAACUUAAAAUGAAUUAUUUAUUAAGUUUAAAUUUAUAUAUUCCUAAUAAAACAGAACGUUUCAAUUAUUUCCAUACAUUAUAUAACAAUAGUAAUAACAGUAAUAAUAGUAAUAGUAAUAAUAAUAAUGGUGAAUUAACUCCAUUAGAAAGAUAUGGCAUUGUAAUUAUCUUAUUUGGUUCAUUAAAAAUUCCUAAAAUUAAAGAAUAUUAUAUUGGUCCAUUAAAUAAACCAAAAAUAAUUAAACUUUUAAAUAUAUAUCCAUAUUAUAAAAGACCAUUAUUGAAUAUUGAAUAUAAAAUUUUAUUAGAUUAUUUAACGAUACAAAUAAAUCGUCUAAAUAUGAUUAUUGAAGAAACCUAUUCAGCAAGUUAUUUUAUGAAUAAACCAUUGAAUCCUUAUUGGUUAUAUAAAUAUAAACAAUUAAAUAAUACAAAUUCAUUAUGCCAACAAUUAAUUUAUAAUAAUAAUAAUAAUAUUAAAGGAAGACCAAAUUGUUUAAUACCAAUAUUUGCUUCACCAUUGAUUACACUUGAAGCACCAGAAAGACGUCGUAUAUGGAUAAGAUUAUGCAGAGAAGUUAUUCCAUUUAUACAUUAUCCUGUAGAUAUUCAAUUUCAUAUUGAUCAAACAUCAUUGGACCCAGAUGAGUGGGAUUUAUUGAGUAUUUGGUUUCAAGGUCAGAUGUUCACAUCGAUUGAAGAACUUUUAAGUAAAUAUCAUUCUGGUGAACUUAAAGUGAUCAAACAUCAGUUUGUAGAUAUGUAUCAUAACCAAUUAAAGCCGGGUCCUAGUCAACAAUCCAAAACACAUAACAAUCGAUUCAUGGAAAGUAAUUCUCAAACAACUAAUCGUAAAGACAAUUUAAUUCACGUAAGGAAACGUCGAAUACAAUAUGAUAGAUGGGAUUUUCAUGUAACUGUUAGAAGAGAUACAGGACUUAGAGUGUUUAAUGUAUACUUUGCAAAUGUUAGCUUGAUAUCUGAAGCUGGUUUAGAGGAAACAGUAACGUCAUACUGGGGUAAAUCCCCAUUUAUGCAAGCAAUGACAUCGUUGGAAUCAAUGUUUGGAAUAGGCGGUAUGACUUCAGAACUAAGUCCAGGUUUGGACUGUCCAAAAGAUGCUAUCUACUUACCAGUGAGAUUGAUUGAUUCAGGUGAAACUGGUCCUAAAUUUAUAAAAAAUGGUAUUUGUUUAUUUGAAUGGAAAACUAAUCCUCAUAAUGGUCCAGUUAGACGACAUUUUGAAUUUCAUAUUAGUGAUCAUUUUGGUGAAAAAGGUGAAGCAAAAUAUACAAAUUUCGGUCUUGGUAUAACAAGUUAUUCAUUAGUUGUACGUACAAUAUCAACAUUAUUCAAUUAUGAUUAUAUAUUCGAUAUAAUUUUCUAUUCAUCUGGUGUUAUUGAAUUUUCAGUAACACCAACUGGUUACAUACAUGUUGAUGUAGAAUUAAAUCCUUAUCAAUAUAAUUCAAAAUAUGGUUUUCCAGCUUUAAUCAAUCCAAUCUAUAUGGUUAUACAUCAUCAUUUAUUUCAUUAUAAAAUUGAUGUAGAUAUUGUGAAUAAGGAGAAUUUUAUUAAAGUAGUCAAAAUACAUGGACCAUUAACAGAGAAUCAAGUGAAUACCGAUAGUUUACAACAAACAAAUAAUCAAUUAAAUCAUUCUGAACUAUUAUGGUUAUCUAUAGAUAUUCCUAAAACUGAAAUGGAAGCAAGAUUUUCAACAAAAUUUGAAUUUCCUAAACAAUAUUUAAUCUGUUCAACAAAUUCAAAUAUCAAUGAUUUAAAUAAAACAAGUCAAUAUUAUAAAAAUGAUAAAUGUUUAUCAAUUAUCAAUAAGGGUCAAGUUAAAACAAUUUUCAGUGAUAAAUAUACAAAAUCAUUUGCUUGGUCCAGACAUCAACUUUAUGUUACUCAACAACAUGAUAAUGAAUCAUUUGCAUCAUCAAUAUUCAAUGGAGUUGAUUUAAGUUCACCAGUUGUUGAUUUUACAAAAUUCAGUUCAAAUAAUGAAUCAAUAUUCAAUGAAGAUCUUGUUUUGUGGUUAACUGUUGGUAAUUAUCAUUUGCCAAGACAUGAAGACCUACCAAAUACAGCUACUAGUGGUGGACCAUUAUCCAUAUUUAUAAUGCCACACAAUUUAUUCACUUAUAGUCCAGAUGCUUUCGGUUGUAAUCGAUUUUAUACUGAAUCGUUGAAUGAGUGGAUAACAGGACCACAAAUGAAAGAAGAAUGUCAAAUGGAACCAAUUCCAAUGUUAUAAUAAUUCAAACGAUUAGCGCAUUAUCUUAUCUCAAAUAAAUGUCAUUCUAAAAAAACAAACCAGUUUCACUGGCAACAUUUGUAAAUAUAUAUUACAUAACAAUUAAGUAACUAAAUUCAAUACUUAUCAGAUAUAUUCCUAUGAAUUAUUUAGUAUACAAUACAUAACAUUAGACCAUACAUUAUAGUUUAAUAUUUUUUGUAUUUAGUAUUAUGGGUAUGUGUGGAUGAUUGGUGAAAAUUUGUGUACGCUGUAUAUGGAGGUCAGAUAGAGAAUAAAAUCCAUAGAGAAAUAAGUAGCGUUUUUGUCAUAGUUUGGAACUGCUUACUCAUCAACAAUCCUACUGUUAUGUCCUUAACUAUACGAUAUCUCAAAAUACGAUUUCCAAAUUUAGACACACUGACUUAUAUGACCAAACUAAUGACGUAUACACCAGUACGGACAGCUUAGAGUUCCGAUUGGCCCUUUUCCCGCCUAGCCCUAUCUGUUAAGUCCAGAAUGCCAAUAUCAGCCUCCGCGAUACGAAUCAUAUAUUUCAAACACACUGAGUUAAUAUCCAAACAAAUAAGACCACAUUACACCAUAAAAUAGAAAAUAUUUGUACAAGAUCAAGCCAAAAGUGGCUGCGAUUGCCACUAAUAAAUUGGGAAUAUCUCAAGAAUAGUAAAUCGUAUGAUAACAGUCAAUAGGUCAAAUAAAAACUUGUGAUGAAAGGAAUAUGAAUAUACAUAUAAUAUAUUUUCGAUUGAAAUCAUGAGUCAAUUGAAGCUAGAUCACCAUGGAAAACCUGGAAGCACUGGACGGCUGUUUCGUCCUAGUAUGGGACUCCUCGGCAGUGUGCAUCCACUAUCCUGCACAUCACGAGACUCGGACCCAGGACCUGUCAGUCUCGUGCUAGGCGCUUAACCAACUAGACCAGUGAGCCAGCAUCCGGUGGUGUUAAUGUCUAACAUCAACCAAUCCAUUGUACUGAGGUAGACACCUGUUUCUAACCGACACGGAUUAGCUCCACUAGUCACGGCUUCUCACCAGAACUCCGAGAAUUUUCUCACGAAGCUAGUCACCAUUGGAUGCCGGCUCAGUGGUCUAGUUGGUUGAGCGCCUGGCGCGAGACUGAUAGGUCCUGGGUUCGAAUCUCGCGGGGUGCGGGAUCGCGGAUGUGCACUGCUGAGGAGUCCCAUACUGGGACGAAACGGCCGUCCACUGCUUCCAGGUUUUCCAUGGUGGUCUAGCUUCAAUUGACUCAUGAUUUCAAUCAAAAACUUAACAAUCUCCACAACACCUAAACUUAUAUUUACCUAAUAGUCAUACAAUAAGAAUAUUUGUAUGAUAUUAGUCCAUACAUAAUUCCUAACGGUUAUCACUCAUUUAUUCUCGUCCGGAUAUAACACCGUGACGUAAUUUCAUGAUAAUAAUAGUCUUGAAAACUUCACAGAAUUAAAGUCCCAUUCUCAUCAGUGACUAACUUCGAGGUAGACUAUACAAUGGUAAGCUAUAUUCUGUAUAAUUGAAAAACUUAGAAUACAAAAACUCACAAAUAUCACUGGAUACUGACUGUAUUGAUCAGGUAGUCUUAUUAUCUUACAUUUCGUCGUCAAUUAGUAACAUAAAAAUACUCAGGAAUCUCUUUAAAAUAAUAAGCCAUAUUAUAUUAGAAUUAGAUAUAGUACUACUGAAUAAUAGUGGUUUGUUUUCAUUAUAAGUUCAACGUUUCACUAUUCGAUUAUUAUUAUUAUUCGAUUUUUAUUUAUUAUUAAUCCAAAUAAACAGUAAGAAUCCCUUUCUUUUAUUUGGAUAUAAAUGAAGAUUACUAGUUAGGAAAAAUGAUGACAGUAAAUUUUCUGCUUAAUGUUAUGGUAAUCUAUGCUUUAUUAAAUAAGGAGAUAGAGCUAGUCGAAUCUUAUAGCUAUUUAAAUUAUAUUUGACAAUUACAUGUAUAGAAAAAAAAUUUUUUUUAUACUAUUGUAAAAGUGAUUUAAUUCAGUAGUAAAUGUUUGUUGCUAAUCAAUAAACUAUCAUUUCAUCUGUUAAUUAUUUAGACACUAUUUGGAUUCAAUCUUCUCUAAAUAAAUAUUUUUUUAUCUGUAACUAACCAAUUUCUGAUGACAGUUCUCUUUAGAGUAUAAUUAAAGAGCCAAUCGAAACUACAAUAACAUUAGAGAGCAUAAUUUUAUUUUUGUUUAAAAACGGAUGCUGAUCUAAUAACUGUCGAAUUAACUAAAUUUAGUUUACUGGAUAUUUUCAUUAGUAAAUGAUAAUCUACUUUUCACAAAUUCCAAAGUAGUUAUUCUAAUCACUUACGGUCAGUUGGAUCAAGGGACAGCGGCAGAACUUGGUAGGUUAACUUCGGAGGUCUUUACCGAUGACGAUCUAGUCUUAACAGUGAAUCUGAUUGAUAUAAUAGGUAGAGUUUGGGAGUUGGCCUCGAUCACUGGUCGUCUCACUUUAUAGGAGAGGAGUACAUUCUUCAAAUAUUAGCUUCUAUCAUCAUUUAACGCCUAAGAGAACUUGUGAAAAGCGAAACUAAGUCAGGCUGACUUCGAAUCUGCACGCAAACAUACUGACUACAUUAUUCAUUCUCCGUCAGAUUUUAGAAUAUAAGCAUACCAACGACCGAAUGUAGCUGUAUUUCUUGGCCUUAAGGUGGGACUCAACUCCGGUAUCCGAGAGAUUAUGUUGGAGUUUGGGAGUAUAAAUUACCUACUAAAUACACAAAAAAUCGAAACCUCCCACUCAAACACGAUUUGUCGCCGGAAUUCUCAACUCCAAGUAGUCUUCGUCAGAAUUGUUCACUAUCUUCUUUUUCAUCUCAUACAUUUCUCCCUAGAAAUCACACUUUCUUCAUCUAACUUUCAGGGAUUGAUCACUUACCAAAAGGUCCACUUAUGAACUUAAAGUACGCAGAUGACAUAGUUAUAUUCAAUGAAGACACUGACCAUGGAGUCCUUUGGUAGCCUUGAGUAACAAUCCCAGCAUGUCUGAAGUGUUUCUCUUCCUCUUAAUCUAAAAUGCUGCUUCACGCUGAUCCACACCAUUGCCUACAUUGAUUAUUUUUGAGUGAAGUAGUUGAGUAAGUUGAUCAAUUCGUUAAUGAUUGGAGCUUCAUUAGCACUGGUGAGCUGAUAUUUGAAAGAAUCUCGGUGCUGAAAUUAGAGAGUUCUCUUGAGUUUUGCCAAAUUACGUCUUUGUGGCUAAGGUGAGAGGUUUAUCUGCAAGCGAAGCCAGGAGUACACUGCGCAGUUGUUUUUUCUCUAUUUUAUGACUAUGAAAAACAGCUUUCAGGGAUAGAAAACAUUAGUAAGAGACUAAUAUUCGACUACAGAUGCCUUCUGAGCUUUGCUGGUGUAUGUUGAGGUCACCCAAUAAGCAAAGCUGAGGUACAGCAGAGAAGAUAGAAAGUUUGUUGAUUAGGUUAAAUAUCCAUCGACUGAGGUGGUUGGUAAUGUGUUACAUGUGAUUACCAAGAGAAACAUAAAAUUAACAUUUUUCAUUAUUGGAUAUACAUAUAUAUAACGCAUCGAGUGUACUUACUUACUUACGCCUGUUACUCCUCGUGAAGGAGCAUAGGCCGCUCACCAGCAUUCUCCAUCCAACCCUGUCCUG